UUUUGUUUCCGGAACAAAAACAAACGAAAUAGAGAUGUGUUCGAAGCAUACCGCAUAUCUAUGGUGUGACGUCUCAGGACAUUAACUGAACACUGCAUUGCAAAUGAGCUAGUAGGACUAUAAUACAAGUGUUUAACAUAUAAAUAGUACCAAUCCAAGGAAGGACAUGUCCAAUACCGUUGUCUUUCAUGCUCAGCUAGCCUCCAUCAUUGAGGUUUUGGCGAAUGCAGCCGUUGCCGAAAUCUGCAAACUUGUAGAUGAUGGCCAUGCUGCCUUACGUUUGGAAAUUUCCCAUAGUCAGAAAGAAAUCGAUAACCUGCGGAGGAAGCUGGUUUUGACAAAACUCCAGAAUUCUCGACGGAGCGCAGAGAGAUUUGGAGCCCUGCGACGCACAGUUCACAGGCACGUGGACACCGAUCAUGUUGCCCGGGAGAGAGAGAGCUUCGUAGAAAAGGCAAAAAGCAGACUUGGAUAUUUGGGAAAUCGUUUUGCCUACAGUGAAGGGGGCAAAUGUAUGCAGGAUGUCACCAACCGGAGAGAUGCAGGACGUACAGCGACAGACCAGGAUGGGGCCAUGCAGAUGGCAGAUAUGCAAGAGGCACCUCAUAUCAAAAUGGAAAAUCUUGACACCAGCAUAACCGAAGAGAUUGUCCAACCAGUCAGUGAGAGCAGUGAGAAGAUCAUUGUGGCAGAACCAGGUUCUUCAUCAUCUACUGAACCCACAGACCGUCUGGACCAGCAGGGCAACAGACACAGAGCUCCAGACACCUCACUCAAUAUAGAACCUGACAACCAGACGUUCCAGCAUCCAGCAUCACAAUACAACAGAACAAGACAGGACCAUCAGGUUGCUGAGGGUGUGACCUGGGAAACUGACCAUCAACCCAUAGAAUACAGCCUGUCCCAAUGGACAGAGAACCAAGAGACUGAUAACCCAACUGUGAAUGCUCCUCACAAUGCAGGGCCAGACUCCAAGAGGCUGUCUGAACAUCCAGAGAGGAGAGGAGUGACUGGUAACUCUGGGGUCUGCAUGUCUGCUUCAGGCUCUCUGGACUGGGUGCCUGAUGUGGUGAUGGUGGACUCAGUUCCCAUUAAAGUGGAGGCAGAUAUGAGUUCAGAAUGGAGCAUAACUGGCCAAGAGUUGACAUCUGGAGAGGUUUGUUCAGACGGCAGGCAGCUUGUGGACAACAGAGGAAGAGGGGGAAUGGAGUCUGGACAGACAAAGUGUCCCCCUGACACUCAACAUGCAGAACAAGGGACAACUGUAGGAUCAAGGUGCAAGUUGCCAGAUUUCAGUGGACUGUCCAACCGAAACAGAUUUUCAUCCCCAAGGGUUACCCUCCACCAGGUUCCCCAAAGAGGGAAGCCAGCCCCCUUCCCGAAUUUCAACAGAGGCUCCACUUCUUCAUCGAAAGGCAUAGAAAAGCAGCCGCAACAACUGAUGUCUCACUCCACCCAGAGGCAGCUCCGGUGCAGCCUCUGUGGAAAGCCCUUCCCUCAGCCGGCAUACCUAAGGAGGCACAUGCGGGUCCAUACAGGUGAGAAACCGUACGGCUGCAGCCACUGCACCAAGCGCUUCUCCCACAGCCACCAGUUGAAGAUGCAUGAGAGGGUGCACACCGGAGAGAAACCAUUUCAUUGCAUCUACUGCGGGAAGUGCUUCACCCAGUCCGGCCACAUGAAGAGGCAUCUCCUUAUCCACACUGGCGGCAGGCCGCAGGACGUUGUGCUGCCCUGAGUGUUCCACGGUGAAGUUUCCCCUAGGUACAGAUCUAGAAUCAGCUUCCUCUUCCCCAAUCCUAACCUUAAGCAUUAGUGGGAAAAAAAUAUACUAAACUGACCGAAGAUCAGCUUCUAGGGGUAACUUCACACUACUCCACCUGGCAUAAUGAUAAGUAGGGCCAGGAGUUUUUCCUCACCAUGUGAUCAGACCAGGAGAAACUCCUCUCUAGUUGUUAGGGGACUGGCUCCACACUACUGGAGUUUUCAUAUGAACACUGGGUCCAUUUGUCUUUAACAGUUUGGAUUAGAGGUCGACCGAUUAUGAUUUUUCAAUACUGAUACCGAUUAUUGGAGGACCAAAAAAAGCAGAUACCGAUGAAUCGGACGGUUUUUAAAUAUAUAUUUGAAAUAAUGACAAUUAAUUAAUAAUGCAAUGUAAUCAGCCAUGAUCGGUGUGCAAAAAUGCCGAUUACCAAUUGUUAUGAAAACUUGAAAUCGGCCCUAAUUAAUCAGCCAUUCCAAUUAAUCGGUCGACUUCUAGUUUGGAUAGUUUUCACAUUGAACACUACCCUCUGUGUGUAGUGGUUGUGUUUUCAGGUCAGCUGGCUUGAUGCUUGGUCCAGAGUGGACUGAUAAUCCAUAACUUAUAACAGGUGAAGAUUUUUAAAAUCAUUGGUGCAGUACAGUAAUUUAUUUUAAUUGUAUUUAUUAUGUAUUUAACCAGGUGAGUUGACUGAGAAUACAUUGUGAUUUACAGCAACGUCCUGGGGUAAAUUACAAUACAUAGACCUAGUUAAAAGCCAUAUUUAACACGCAGAAAUAUAAGCAAGCGAAAUUCAAUAAAGAUCAAUCUCAUAAGAA